AUGCAAUUCAUACUGCUGGUGCUACUGGUUCUCCUCGCAUUUGCGGCCGCGGGCAAAGAAGCAGAAACAGCUGAAGCCCGCCCGCCUCAAGCCCUUCCUGGCUGCACUGACCACUGCGGCAAUCUCACCAUUCCAUAUCCCUUUGGCAUAGAGCCUGAUUGUUACAAGACAGAAGACUUUUAUGUCUAUUGUAACACAACCACUACACCCCCAACAGCAAUGUGGAACGAUGGUCCCAUUGCUAUUAACAACAUAUACCUGCCUGCGGGUGAGAUGCAAAUAACGCAGUACGUAGCCUAUGAGUGCUAUAACAGCCUGGGCGAGAAUGAUUACAACCAACCAUUGCUUGCCGUGCCUCCUUUCACCGUCUCUCAUACUAGAAACAAGUUCAUUGCCGUUGGUUGCGACACUUCUGCAGCUUUCAGAGGUUACCGUGCAGACGAACAGAGGUUAAUGACCGGAUGCAUGUCCAUAUGUGACAACCUUGACCGCAUUGAACAGUCUUGCUCCGGGGUUGGGUGUUGCCAAACUGACAUCCCCAGCGGACUUGAGAAUUACACUCUCACACUGGAAAGCUAUUAUAAUCACACAUACAUACUGGACUUCAAUCCAUGCAGCUAUGCCUUCAUUGUGGAAGAAGGCAAGUUCACCUAUUCCCCCGAAUACAAGUUUCCAAACACUACCCAACACCAAAGAGCUUCCCCUGAUUCUUGA